AUGCUCUUUCCGUCUGUGAUCAGUGCGUCGAGUCAAUGUGUUGCACCUGCCUGUCUCACAUUGGAUUUGGGUGGACAAUGGCACGGACUGCAUCAGGAGAAACAGCAACGCGAGCUCGUAGCGCAGCAACAAGAGCAGGCCAAGGCUGCCCUGCCCACCAUUUACUUGGUGACACCGACGUAUGCGCGUUCGUCCCAACAUGUCGACUUGACACGCUUUUGCUACACGAUACGGCAGGUACCCAAAGUUCAUUGGAUUGUGGUUGAGGACGCCGAAGUUCAUUCGCCCGAAGUUCGGCGGAUUUUAAACGACUGCGAGGUGGCCUUUUCACAUCUGGUGGCCCUCACACCACCGCGAGAAAAUGCACAAAUUUGCAGAAAGGUUGACAGCCAACCACGAGGCGUGAAGCAGCGGAAUACGGGGCUGGUGGAGCUGCGCCGCCUCUUGUCUCUGAACGGUGGACGGGAUGGUGUGGUGUACUUUGCCGACGAUGACAAUACUUACAGCUUGGAAAUUUUCGAGCGCAUGCGCCACAUCAAGGCGGUCGGCGUUUGGCGUGUAGCCUUUGUGGGGGGACUCUCAUAUGAAGGGCCCGUGGUGGACAUGGGGCCGAAUGGACCUCGGAUAUCCGGCUGGCAUGUGGCCUGGGCGACCGAUCGCAAGUACCCCGUGGAUAUGGCUGCCUUUGCCUUGAAUACGCGCCUCAUCACCGCACAACCCGACGUGUAUUUUCCCACACACGCUCUGGACGGCCAUCUGGAGACUGACUUUUUGAGCGCCGUCGUGCCAGAGGGUGUCGAGCUAGAGCCCCUCGGCUUUGAACUAGACCGUGUUCUCGUGUGGCACACGCGCACCGAGCUACCCAACCUGCGUCAGGAAGGCAAGCUGCCCCCAGACCGACGCCCCAUCAUCAUUUAG